AAGUAUCUGUUCAAAUCCACAUGCUGCGUUCAAAACAACUGGGAACAUGGAAAUCUCUGACUUCCGACCUCAGUUCGUUCAAAACAACUGGGAACUUGGAAUAAAACUAGCUCCGACUCUGAAAAGUAUUUUUGAACUCGGUAUUCCAACUCGGGCCUCUUUCUAGAGCUCGGACUUUACGACCAGAAGAUCACUGACGUCAUGAUUUGACCUCACCCCCUGUUUUGAACGCAGCAACACACGGCUGAUCCUGACAUUGCAGGAAUAUUGUACGUGGUAGGUGUGGUGAAGUUCUCGGAGCUGGAGGCUUGCACCGAGGGUCAGGAUAAAGAUGAGUCUGUGGCAGUCGGAGUGAAGUUUUUGGAAAAAGUGGACCCUUGCCUUUUGAAUUAUACGUUUUUUCUACCAGGUAAGCUGAGAUACGCGAACAACAGCAACUACAAGAAUGAUGUCAUGAUCAGGAAAGAGGCAUACGUACACAAAAGUGUGAUGGAGGAACUGAAGAGGAUCAUAGAUGACAGUGAGAUCACCAAGGAAGAUGAUGCACUGUGGCCACCCCCAGACAGAGUGGGCAGACAGGAGCUGGAGAUCGUCAUUGGGGAUGAGCACAUUUCCUUCACAACUUCCAAGAUUGGUUCCUUGAUUGAUGUCAACCAGUCGAAGGACCCAGAAGGCCUCCGUGUGUUCUACUACCUGGUCCAGGAUCUGAAAUGUCUUGUCUUCAGUCUCAUCGGGCUACACUUCAAGAUCAAGCCCAUCUAAGAGGAGUGGAUGGUUUUUUCUCUGUUGGAAAAUGUUUUAUGUUUGCGCCGAUUACAACAUUUGUACAUUUGCUUUUGGUCGAUCUGUUCUUUUUUAAAUUUUAAAUAAAUCAUUGGGAAAAUGCCAUGUUUAA